AUGGCGGAGCGGAGCCGCGGCGCUCGGCGGCGGCUGCUGCUGCUGCUGCUGCUGGCCGGCUCCGCCGCCAGCCCGGCGGAGGAGGGCGGCGGGCGGCGGGAGGCGGGCGGCGGGGAGCACGGCGAGGAGGCGGCGCGGCACCACGACUCCUCGUACGGCACCUUCGCCAGCGAAUUCUACGACCUGCGCUACCUCUCCGAGGAGGGUUACCCUUUCCCCACUGCUCCUCCUGUGGACCCAUUUGCAAAAAUCAGAGUGGAUGACUGUGGAAAAACCAAGGGAUGCUUCAGGUAUGGCAAACCUGGAUGCAAUGCGGAGACUUGUGACUACUUCCUAAGUUACCGUAGAAUAGGAGCUGAUGUUGAAUUUGAGUUGAGUGCCGACACAGAUGGCUGGGUGGCAGUGGGAUUUUCCUCAGACAAGAAAAUGGGAGGAGAUGAUGUUAUGGCUUGUGUUCAUGAUGAUAACGGAAGAGUCCGAAUACAGCACUUCUAUAAUGUUGGUCAGUGGGCUAAAGAAAUCCAGAGAAAUCCUGCUAGAGAUGAGGAAGGGGUUUUUGAAAACAAUCGUGUAACGUGUCGAUUCAAGCGUCCUGUGUAUGUUCCCCGAGAAGAAACCAUCGUAGAUUUGCACUUGAGUUGGUACUACCUGUUUGCUUGGGGUCCAGCAAUCCAGGGUUCUAUAACUCGUCAUGAUAUAGACUCUCCACCCGUGUCAGAGCGUGUUGUCAGUAUUUACAAGUACGAAGAUAUUUUCAUGCCUUCAGCUGCCUAUCAGACCUUCUCUUCUCCAUUCUGCUUGCUCCUCAUUGUUGCACUGACCUUCUAUUUAUUGAUGGGAACCCCAUGA